AUGUCUACCCGCGAUUAUCGCCAUAGGGAAAGAUCCCACCGCGAUCACGAUUCGCGCUCGCGCUCGCGCUCCCCAGACCGAAGUGGCAGACACAAAAGACAUCAUCACCAUCGGCGCCGUCAUAGUCAUCACCGUCACCGAGACUACAGUCAUGAUCGCGAUCGACAUUCACAAUCAGCUUCUUCGGCGCCUGCAGUACUUCCCUUUAAAGCGCGAGAGCUUUCGAAAAGGGAUCUAACCUAUUACGCACCCAUGUUCGCGAUGUACCUCGAUAUUCAGAAGGGACUGAUAAUGGAAGAUUUGAGCGAAGAGGAGAUCAAGGGUAGAUGGAAGAGCUUUAUUCGAAAAUGGAACCGUGGAGAGCUCCCCGAAGGGUGGUAUGACCCUAACACACUCGAGAAAGCCCGUCGUAAUGCAACAGAACAACCCCCAGUAUCCGGCACUGGACGACGUCGUGAUUCACCAGAUUAUGAACAAGAUGACCAUGGGAAAGAUGCUGACACUGGCGCCGCGUCAGAGGCGCCACCCCGGCAGAACGAACGGGAAUUCAAUUCCGAGGACGAGGAAGAGUAUGGUCCCAUACUUCCUCACCACGAGGUGACAGCCAAGGGUCGAGGUGGCCCGUUUGCUGGACCAGCAAUCCCGACAAUACAGGACUUGGAGUUACGAAAAGAGUCCGCCCUAGAGGAUGCCAUCGCGGCUCGCCAGGACGCAAGAAAACAACAUCGUGCAGAGGCACGUCUCCACAUGUCUGAGAUGCGGCAAAUAGAGGAUGAGAUCGCACCGCGCGCGGAACCUGGAACGCGUGAAAGGCGCAUGGAGAAGCGUCGAGAGGCGGCCCUUGCAAACCGUGCCUUCGCUGAAUCACGGCGAGGUGGCUCACCCAUAGAGGCUGCACCAGAUGACGAACUUAUGGGCUCCGGCGAGAACGAUCUAGAUGCCAUAAAAAAAGCACAGGCUAGAGAGCAGCGAAAAAAGAACGAGCGUGAAAUCAGAAGGGAAGAGAUACUGCGAGCUCGAGCAGCGGAGCGCGAAGAGCGACUUCAACAAUAUCGAAAGAAGGAAGAGGAGACUAUUGGAUGGCUCAAAACAUUAGCUAAACAGCGGUUUGGCUAA